AUGAAAUUGUGGGUCGGGAUUGUGUUCUUGGUUGUGUACGCACAACUAGGAAUCAAUGCUCGGCCCAUUCCAAGAUUAAGACCACUAAUGAGUGAUGGAGAACUAGUGCACCAUGAAGAAGUCGUCAGGAGAGACAAUGAUGAUGAUGAAUCUAUCGAUAUUGAAGGUGAGUUAGAUGACGAUGAAGAAGCCGAGUGGAGAGACAACAACAAUAAGGACUUUAUCGAUAGUGACGGUGAGCCAGAAGACGAAGAGGAAGCUAAAUGGAGAGACGGUGAUGAUGAAUCUAGCGAAAGUGAGCCAAAUGAUGAUGCAGAAGCUGAGUGGAGAGAAAGUGAGGAUAAUGAUUCUAUCGAUAGUAAAGCUAAGCCCCAUGGAACAAAUCAUGCAUAUCACAAGCGCAAUGAAAAUGAUUCUAAUCCAACUAUUUUUGCUAAAGGUGAAGUAUACGACGAUGAAGAAGCCGAAAGGAUAGGCGAUAUUGAUGAUGACUCCAGCGAUAGUAAAGGUGAGUUGGAAGACGACGAAGAAGAUGAGUGGAGUGACCGUAUUGAUAACGAUUCUAUGGGUAGUGAAGGUGAGGCGGAUGGCAGUAAAGAAGCCGUGUGGAGAGACGGUGAUGAUCUUGAGUCUGUCGGUGGUGAAGUGAAAGGUGAGCUGGAUGACCAUCAAGAAGCCAAAUGGAGAGGCUCUGAGGACUAUGAAUCUAUUGAUAGUGAAGGUGAUCUGGAUGAUGAUAAAGAAGCCGAUUGGAGAGACAGUGAUGAUCUUGAAUCUAUCGACAAUAAAGGUGAACCCGAUAACGAUGAAGAUGUACAGUGGAGAGACGGUGAUAACGAUGACUCUAGCGAUAGUGAGGAUGAGUUGGAUGACGAUGAUGAAGAUGAGUGGAGGGACGCUGAUGAUAUUGAAUCUAUCGAUAGUGAAGGUGAGUUGGAUGACGAUGAUGAAGAUGAGUGGAGAGACGGUUAUGAUAGUGAAGGUGAGCCUGAUAACGUUGAAGAUGCAGAGUGGAGAGAGGGAGAUAAUGAUGAUUUCAUCGAUAGUGAGGGUGAGUUGGAUGACGAUGAUGAAGAUGAGUGGAGGGAUGGUGAUGAUAAUGAGUCUAUCGAUAGUGGAGGUGAGUUAGAUGACGAUGCAGAAGUCGAAUGGAGAGACGGUGGUGAUAAGAAAACUAUUGAUAGUGAAGGCGAGCCGGAUGAUUAUAAAGAAACCGAGUGGCGAGACGGUGAUGAUCUUAAAUCUAUCGAUAACGAAGGUGAACCCGAUCACGAUGAAGAUGCCGAGUGGAGAUUCAGUGAUAAUCAUGAUACCAGCGACAGUGAGGAUGAGUUGGAUGACGAUGAUGAAGAUGAGAGGAAGGACCAUGAUAAUAAUGAAUCUAUCGAUAGUGAAGGGGAGUUGGAUGACGAUGAUGAAGAUGAAUGGAGGGACGGUGAUGAUAGUGAAUCAAGCGAUAGUGAAGGCAAGCCGGAUGAUUAUAAAGAAGCCGAGUGGCGAGACGGUGAUGAUCUUGAAUCUAUCGAUAAGGAAGGUGAACCGGAUAACGUUGAAGAGGCAGAGAGGAGAGAGGGGGAUAAUGAUAAUCUCAGCGAUAGUGAGGGUGAGUUGGAUGACGAUGAUGAAGAUGAAUGGAGGGACGGUAAUGGUUAUGAAUAUAGCGAUAGUGAAGGCGAGCCGUAUGAUUAUAAAGAAGCCGAGUGGCGAGAAAAUGAUGAUCUUGAAUCUAUCGAUAAGGAAGGUAUGCCCCAUGAAUCAUAUUAUAAAAAUAUACAGCUUAACUACAACGACACUAAGGACUGUCUUUGUCUCAAAGGUGAACCCAAUCACGAUGCUAAAGAUGAGUUGGAUGACGAUGAUGAAGAUGAGUGGAGGGACGCUGAUGAUAAUGAAUCUAUCGAUAGUGAAGGUAGGCUCCGGGAAACUUGUCAUAGGGAUUCGCAACACAUUUACAAUGAUACUUAUUACCCUCUUUGUGCUAAAGGUGAGUUGGAUGACGAUGAUGAAGAUGAAUGGAGGGACGGUGAUGAUACUGAAUCAAGUGAUAGUGAAGGUAAGUUUUCUAAUGAUGAAGAAGAUGAGUGGAGAGACAGAGAUGAUCACGAAUCGAUCAAAAGUGAUGAUGAGUUGGAUGACGAUGAUGAAGAUGAGUGGAGGGACGCUGAUGAUAUUGAAUCUAUCGAUAGUGAAGGUGAGUUGGAUGACGAUGAUGAAGAUGAAUGGAGGGACGGUGAUGAUACUGAAUCAAGUGAUAGUGAUGGUAAGUUUUCUAAUGAUGAAGAAGAUGAGUGGAGAGACAGAGAUGAUCACGAAUCGAUCAAAAGUGAUGGUGAGUUGGAUGACGAUGAUGAAGAGUGGAGUGACGGUGAUGAUAAUGAGUCUAUCGAUAGUGAAGGCGAGCCUGAUGAUUAUAAAGAGGUUGAGUGGCGAGACGGUGAUGGUCUUAAGUCUAUCGAUAAUGAAGGUGAACCCGAUCACGAUGAAGAUGCAGAGUGGAGAUUCAGUGAUAAUCAUGAUACUAGCGAUAGUGAGGAUGAGUUGGAUGACGAUGAUGAAGAUGAGUGGAGGGACGCUGAUGAUAAUGAAUCUAUCGAUAGUGAAGGUGAGUUGGAUGACGAUGAUGAAGAUGAAUGGAGGGACGGUGAUGAUAGUGAAUCAAGCGAUAGUGAAGGUGAGUUGGAUGACGAUGAUGAAGAUGAGUGGAGGGAUGGUGAUGAUAAUGUUUCUAUCGAUAGUGAAGGUAAACCUCAUGAAACCUAUCAUUAUAGAUUUAAAGAAUAUUUAAAUGUUACUUAUAAGCCUCUUUGUGCUAAAGGUGAGCUGGAUGACGAUGACGAAGCCGGAAGAAGAGGCGGUAAUGAUGAAAAACAUAUUGAUAGUGAAGGUGAGCCCGAUAACGAUGAAGACGCAGGGUGGAGAUUCAGUUAUAAUCAUGAUACCAGCGACAGUGAGGGUAAGCCCCAUGAAACUUAUCAUGGGCAUUCAAAGCAGAAUGAAGAUGAUACUAACGACUCUCUUCGUGUUAAAGGUGAGUUGGAUGAGGAUGUGGAAGCUGAAUGGAGAGACUAUGAUGAUCAAAAAUCUAUUGAUAGUGAAGGUGGGUUGGAUGAUGAUAAUGAUGAUGAAUGGAGGGACGGUUAUGAUAUUGAAGCUAUCGAAAGUGAAGGUGAGCCCGAUAACGAUGAAGACGCAGAGUGGAGAUUCAGUGAUAAUCAUGAUACCAGCGACAGUGAGGGUAAGCCCCAUGAAACUUAUCAUGGAGAUUUAAAGCAGAAUGAAGAUGAUACUAACGACUCUCUUUGUGCUAAAGGUGAGUUGGAUGACGAUACAGAAGCCGAAUGGAGAGACGGUGAUGAUAAAAAAACUAUUGAUAGUGAAGGUGAGUUGGAUGACGAUGAUGAAGAUGAAUGGAAAAACGGUGAUGAUAAUAAAUCUAUCGAUAAUGAAGGUGAGUUGGAUUUCAAUGGAGAAGAUGAGUGGGGAGACGCUGAUGAUCUUGAAUCUGUCGAUAGUGGAGGUGAGCUGGAUGACGAUGAAGAAGCCGACUGGAGAGACAGUGAUGAUUAUGAAAAUAACGAUGAAGACGCAGAGUGGAGAUUCAGUGAUAAUGAUGAUGCCAGCGACAGUGAGGGUGAGUCGGAUGACGAUGUAGAAGCUGAAUGGAGAGACUAUGAUGAUCAAAAAUAUAUUAAUGGUGAAGGUAAGCUGGAUGACGAUGAAGAAGCCGACUGGAGAGACAGUGAUGAUUAUGAAUCUAUUGAUAGUGAAGGCGGGCUAGAUGAUGACAAAGAAGCCGACACUGAAGGUGAGAUGGAUGACGACGAGGAAACCCUGUGGUUAGGCGGCGAUGAUCUUGAAUCUGUCAAUAGUAAAGGUAAACUCCAAGAAGCCUAUCACGGAAAUUCACAGCAGAAUAAAAAUGAUACUUAUGACCUUCUUUAUACUAAAGGUGAGUUAGAUGACGAUGAAGGAGACGACUGGAGCGACGGUGAUGAUCUUGAAUCUAUCGAUGGUGGAGAUUAUUUCGCACAAACUGAAGAUACAGAGUGGAGUGACGAUGAUGGCGAAGAGGUUUCUGAAGGCUAUGGAGUUCGUGAUGAGGACUCAGAAAUUGCAUGGUGA